AUGUCCUCAUCUUCAUAAGCUUAAUACAGAGUGUUCUUAGGAGCCAGGGUUUUGUGGCCUCCCGAUUGUCCCGAUGACAUUCUUGAAGGAGCAAUAAAUGAAACUUAGAGUUGCUUGAAAACCUUUGAAGCUAAGGAUGGACAAAAAAUGGCAGAACAUAUUAAGAAGUAUCUAGAUACUAAUUUUGAACCUCAUUGGCAUGUGAUUUUUGGUAAGAACUUCGGGUGUCAUUCCAUUCAUGAGAAGAGGAGAUUUAUCUACUUUUACAUAGAUAAAACUGCAUAUCUAUUUUACAAAACAUAAUGA